UGGGUGGAAAAUGAUUGAUCAGCAACCAAAGUUAUCUUACUUUCCCAUCGAGUCGAAGUGCAGCGCGGGACAAUCGGAACCGGAUCCGGGCGGUUCACUGACGAACGAGAACGCCGACAGUGCGAACAACGCAAACAUUAACGCCAAUGUUGCCAACGCUGGCAACACCGUCACCCCAGCCGGUCCGGGCAUGAACGGUAGCAAUAGUAGUUGCAGUGCAAAAACACCAAUUACGACAAACGGUGGACCCACCCAACCGUCGGUUCCGCGCACUACACACCAACACCCCGGCUACUCAUCCACCGGUACAACGCCCACGUUGGCCGAAGGCCAGAGACUGUUGCUGGCCGCAGUGAUGACGGCGGGAAGUGGUGGUGGUGAUGGUGGUGGUGACAGUGGAAUACACGGUGUGGGUACUGGAGGAGAGUCGGAGCACCUGGCCGGGUUGCUGGGGACGUCACUGUGUGGGCAGUGCUGUGGUCCUAUCUGCGAUCGCUACAUCAUGAAGGUGGUCGACAUCACGUACCACGAACGUUGCCUCCAGUGCACCUCGUGCUCGAUCCGGCUCAUGCAUUCCUGCUUUAUGCGCGAGGGGAAGCUGUACUGUCGCUUCGACUAUGAGCGACUGUACGGCCGGAACAGAUGCCUCGGAUGUGGUGAGAAGAUUGGUGCCGACGAGCUGGUAAUGCGCGCCCUGGAUAAUGUGUUCCAUCUCAAGUGCUUCAUCUGCGUCGUCUGUGGCGUGCGGUUGCAGAAGGGCGACCAGUACGUCAUCAAGCAAAGUCAGCUGUUUUGCCGGCCCGACUACGAGAAGGAGGUGGAAAUGUUCCAGGGCUACAGCUAUGAUGAAUACUGCUGUGAUGACAUGUUCCAGACGCGCAUUGAUGGUCGCCGGGGCCCGAAACGACCCCGCACUAUACUAACGACACAGCAGCGCCGUGCCUUUAAGGCGUCGUUCGACAUAUCGCCCAAGCCGUGUAGGAAAAUUCGCGAAGGAUUAGCAAAGGAUACGGGGCUUAGUAUAAGGAUCGUACAGGUAUGGUUCCAAAACCAACGCGCCAAGAUGAAGAAAAUUCAAAAGAAACAAUUGAAGGAAGGUGGCAAAUCAUCUCACCAUGGCGGUGUCGGCGGAAAUGCCACCGGCAACAAAAACCACAACGGCAACAAUGGUAAAGGAAACGAUUCUCAGGAAGAGCUGUCUGAUAACGAGAGUGCCGGUGUCGGUGGUAAAUUGUCGCUGCGCAUCAAAGACGAAAACUCCAGAUCAAACAAUUAUCUUCACGACAGCUGCAGUGACAACGAAGGCACCGUUACGGACAAUGACGGUGGCCCACUGUACGGUGGAUCUGCCGCCCGCCUAGGCCUUGGCGGCUCCGAUCCGUACAAGAUCGUAAAGGAAGAGCUAGACCUCGAGGAUGACUACUUUCGCAUGGCCAUGUCCACGCCGAACCAACAUCUUCACCAUCACCACCAUCAUCAUCACCACCCUCAGCAACACCCGCAGCAUCCCCAUACGCCCGGUGGCGGACGGUUCGGUGGCAAAUCCUUUGCAAAUGAACAUCAAUCCGGCAUCAAGACAGAAAACAUGACACUCGACACGACAACGAUGCUGUCCUCGAAUGGCACCACCCUUGAUUAUGGUGUAUCGCUGCAACAGUUGGCCUCGUCCAUGAACGGUGCUCCACUCCCUAACGUUGGAAACGGAGGACCUGCUGCACAUGAAUCCAUCGGACCCAUGGUUAACCCCAUCGAUCGGCUUUACUCGAUGCAGAAUUCAUACUUUUGCAAUCAGGACAAUCCGAUCUCCUGUCCAACCACACCCACCGGCCAUCCCGGGACUCCGCCCGGUGGAAAUCAUCAUCGUCCAAACCCGGGCUCUGGCCCACAGCAACCAAACCAAAUGCAUCUCCAACAUUCUGGGCUGCAGCAAUCGUCGAUGCCGUCGCACCAUUUCUCUGGACCGCCCAACAGUGCCCAAUCGGUGAACAUGGUUAACUUAGGGGGUGCAAAUGUAGGCAUGGGACAACACAUGGUUGGAAUGUGCAAUCCUAUGCUGGAGCAACAACAGCAGCAGCAGCAGCAACAACAGCAGGAGAGUGUGAUGUAG